AAACGACAAUCGCUCGACCAUCGAAACUUGCGGUUACAUUCUCAACCUUCCCCCUCAAACUUCACCAUCCUAGGUUCCAGAGAGAAUGCCAAUACGAGAUCACUUCACGGGUUGGGUCAAGCCUCGUGCUGGAUCCGAUAGCCAUCUACCACAAAUUGCCUAUCACCCCUCUUUUGACAAUGGAUCCCUAUAUAACCCCAAUAAUAUGAUUGCACCGAGCUACCCAGGCUAUGUACCCCCUCAACCCUCUAAUGCCAAUUACUCGCAAGCGCCACACUGGCAAAAGAGCGAGCCUCCUCGUAUUCUUGAAUUUAUUCCGCAAAUGAGUCCAGCGGGGAGUCCUCAAGCGGAACUGCAACCACCGCAAUUGCAGCCGCAACUCCCACGGCAAAUACAAUCGCAAUUAAUUGGAAAUUCGGGCCCCUACGAGAGCAUGGGGCUCAGCGAGAUUAACCUAGCGCAGUCGAGGAUUAGUGGGCCGGAGUAUUCCGACAACAAUGAGAGUAAGAGAAUUAAUUCUUCCAAUGCUACACCAACAGAAACCUCAAGCGGCCAGAAGGAAUUUAGUGUGGGUUUAACCAGCUCCAGCAACUUGAUAUACCAAGAUGGAAGGGAAAGAAUCGAAUCCAUUCCGAGGGGUGACGGAGACUAUCCUAAUGCAAUGAAUGAAAAGAAAGCUUCUGAUGCAGAGAGCGAAGAAAAUGAGCCCUCUAGAGCAGAGAAGGAAGAGAAGAUGCCCCCUGAGGCGGAGAGAGAAGAGGAGAAGCCUUCCGGAGCAGAAUGUAAAGAGCAGAGGCCUUCUGAAGCGGGGGUUGUGGAGAAGCCAAUAACUGCUCAGCCACAGCGCCAGCGGUGGAAUCAGAAAUUGAAACCUCUCCCGCCCACAUCUCGGGUAGUGGAGCCGUUUGGCGGACUUAUGAGUCCAGGAGUCCCUCCACUCUUGCCCAAAGGCCUCGAUAUUCUGGAGGAGAAUAGCACUAUCCAAGACGACGUCCAAGACACCGCAGGCAAACCGACCUGUUCCCUCAACCUCAUCUGUUACAGCAAAGGCUGUUCUAUGGGCCAAAUCAUAGUUACUACAAGGGAAAGAUUUGCAAAUGAUGAACAAUACCAGCGAGCACUGUCAAAAACACCAACAUUGGUGUCUACGGACGGAGAGUUCUUCCAGGCGCUACGUAACCGUUAUUCAAGAGACAUGUGCGGAUUCUGGCAGCGGUACUUCUCUCUAAAAACCCUAAGGAGUAUACGACUACUUUCAUACACGGAGGCUACGCGUCCAACGCCUGUCCCCCUUGACGACUUCACUAUGCAAGAAGUCCUCUAUGCAUACAACCACCCCUCAAACUUCGGACCCGAAACCGACUGGGUCGAAUGGGUAUUCCGCCUUCGGCAGCCCGACAAACGCCACGCUCUUGAAUUCGUAGAAGGCUGGAAUGGCAUGCGUAUUGGUAUUGCGGGCACCAUACCAUGUAUUGCAUCCAGCCUCGUGGGCAUUAUCUGGAGCGCAAGAGGGGGAGACGUGCAGACCGCGUUUACUGUGGCGGGGUUUAUACUAACGAUUGCCACUGUUUUGCUUGCGCUGCUGGCUGUUAUUAGUGGCAUCGAUUCCACGUCCCACCAAACACGGAUAUAGACCUAGGACUAGUGCAUGGGCCCUCAUUUGACGGGCUUGGUUCAGAAGACUCAGGAUGCUCCUCAAAAUACGCGCCCCACGUCGCGCCUGCAUUCGCAAACAAGAUA